UAUAUUGUUAACUUAUUUCAAAAUUUAGUCUUAAGACACAUAAUUAAUUCUUGCAAAUAGUCCUAAGAAUUAUGAAUGAAGUUUUAUAAUUGGGACUAGUAUGCAAGGUAGCUUUUUUUGUUGUUGCUUGUUUUUUCUUCUUUUUAGAAUAUGUAUACAGGUCUAAAUAGCAUAAAUUCUGAAUGUUACUCAGAGAUGAAACAUACCAUCAGAGGAAUUACUUGGGGCAAGUAAUCAAUAUAAUACAGGCUAGGCACCUCCAACACCAAGUUGUGUGGACAGCUUUAAAACCCUACUCCAUGGUACCAAUGCUUUUAAUGGGACGGCACUCAGUUUUUAUUUUCAAUUGAAAAUGUUAUGAUUUGGGUCCUUUUUUUCUUAAGUUGGAACAGAAGGGUUGAUCACAAUGUGUUUUGACUGUUUUAGGCUUGAUGAUUCACGCUUCUCUUUAAACUGUCUUAAAGUAAUAAAAUACCAUGCAUGGCACUCUGUUUAAUACACACAAGGUUUUCAUUUGAUAGCCAUUGUGUUAAAACAGAAAAUAGCCAUGUCCACGUCUGUUUCAGAAAUCAGACUAUGUUAAUUAACAGUUUAAAAAUAUUAAUUAGUUUUGACAUCUUAUAAAUUUUAGGGCAAAAAUACAGUCCAGAACUUCCUCAAAGUGCUAACCUUAAGUAACAUAACAGUGUUUGCCUGUUUGCUUGCCUGGUAAAUUUUGCUUUUUAUACUGACAGACAUUACUAAUGUUUAAGUUGAUUUAUCAACAGUAUUUUUAAAAACUCAAAUUUGUCUUGUGAAAAAUGAGAUGAUUAGAGGAACAGAAAGAAAGCAACAGGAAGAAAAGGGGUGUCUUCCUGUGCAACUGACACAGCUAGGCUUUGACGGCAGGCCUCCACAAGUACUAUGGACUACAGAUUUUGGAAAAUGUGAUUAAAACAAGGUGGAAGAUUCUUCCAAGGAACCAAUGUGAAGGAAUAAAAAAAUACGUUGUUGGCCUCAUUAUCAAGACGUCAUCUGACCCAACUUGCGUAGAGAAGGAGAAAGUGUAUAUCGGGAAAUUAAAUAUGAUUCUUGUUCAGAUACUGAAACAAGAAUGGCCCAAACACUGGCCGACUUUUAUCAGUGACAUUGUAGGAGCAAGUAGGACCAGUGAAAGUCUCUGUCAGAAUAAUAUGGUGAUUCUUAAACUCUUAAGCGAAGAAGUAUUUGAUUUCUCUAGUGGACAGAUAACCCAAGUGAAAGCCAAACACUUAAAGGACAGCAUGUGCAAUGAGUUUUCGCAAAUAUUUCAACUGUGUCAGUUUGUGAUGGAAAAUUCCCAAAAUGCUCCACUUGUGCAUGCAACCUUGGAAACAUUGCUCAGAUUUCUUAACUGGAUUCCACUGGGAUAUAUUUUUGAAACCAAGUUAAUCAGUACAUUAAUUUAUAAGUUUCUGAAUGUUCCAAUGUUUCGAAAUGUCUCUCUGAAGUGCCUCACUGAGAUUGCUGGUGUGAGUGUAAGCCAAUAUGAGGAACAAUUUGUAACGCUAUUUACACUUACAAUGAUGCAGCUAAAACAGAUGCUUCCUUUAAAUACCAAUAUUCGUCUUGCAUACUCAAAUGGAAAAGAUGAUGAACAGAACUUUAUUCAAAAUCUCAGUUUGUUUCUCUGCACUUUUCUUAAGGAACAUGGUCAACUUAUAGAAAAAAGAUUAAAUCUCAGGGAGACACUGAUGGAGGCCCUUCACUACAUGUUGUUGGUAUCAGAAGUGGAAGAAACUGAAAUCUUUAAAAUUUGUCUUGAGUACUGGAAUCAUUUGGCAGCUGAACUCUAUAGAGAGAGCCCAUUCUCUACAUCUGCUUCUCCAUUGCUGUCUGGAAGUCAACAUUUUGAUGUUCCUCCCAGGAGACAGCUCUAUUUGCCUGUGUUAUCCAAGGUCCGUUUAUUGAUGGUUAGUCGUAUGGCAAAACCAGAGGAAGUAUUGGUUGUAGAAAAUGAUCAGGGAGAAGUUGUGAGAGAAUUCAUGAAGGAUACAGAUUCCAUAAAUUUGUAUAAGAAUAUGAGAGAAACAUUAGUUUAUCUUACUCAUCUGGAUUAUGUAGAUACAGAAAGAAUAAUGACUGAGAAGCUUCACAAUCAAGUGAAUGGUACAGAGUGGUCAUGGAAAAAUUUGAAUACAUUGUGUUGGGCAAUAGGUUCCAUUAGUGGAGCAAUGCAUGAAGAGGAUGAAAAAAGAUUUCUUGUUACUGUUAUAAAGGAUCUAUUAGGAUUAUGUGAACAGAAAAGAGGCAAAGAUAAUAAAGCCAUUAUUGCAUCAAAUAUCAUGUAUAUAGUUGGUCAAUAUCCAAGAUUUUUGAGAGCUCACUGGAAAUUUUUGAAGACUGUAGUUAACAAGCUAUUUGAAUUCAUGCAUGAGACCCAUGAUGGAGUCCAGGAUAUGGCUUGCGAUACUUUCAUUAAAAUAGCUCAAAAAUGCCGCAGACAUUUCGUUCAGGUUCAGGUUGGAGAAGUAAUGCCUUUUAUUGAUGAGAUUUUGAACAACAUUAACACUAUAAUUUGUGAUCUUCAGCCUCAGCAGGUUCAUACUUUUUAUGAAGCUGUGGGGUACAUGAUUGGUGCACAAACAGACCAAACAGUACAAGAACAUUUGAUAGAAAAGUACAUGCUACUUCCUAAUCAAGUGUGGGACAGCAUAAUCCAGCAGGCUACCAAGAAUGUGGAUAUACUUAAAGAUCCUGAAACAGUCAAGCAACUUGGUAGCAUAUUGAAAACAAAUGUGAGAGCUUGCAAAGCUGUUGGACACCCCUUUGUAAUUCAACUUGGAAGAAUUUAUUUAGAUAUGCUUAAUGUAUACAAGUGCCUCAGUGAAAACAUUUCGGCAGCUAUUCAAGCUAAUGGUGAGAUGGUUACAAAGCAACCACUAAUAAGAAGUAUGCGAACAGUAAAAAGGGAAACUUUAAAGUUAAUAUCCGGUUGGGUUAGUCGAUCCAAUGAUCCACAGAUGGUAGCUGAAAAUUUUGUUCCUCCUCUGUUGGAUGCAGUUCUCAUUGAUUAUCAGAGAAAUGUUCCAGCUGCUAGAGAACCAGAAGUGCUUAGUACUAUGGCUAUUAUUGUCAACAAGUUAGGAGGACAUAUAACAGCUGAAAUACCUCAAAUAUUUGAUGCUGUUUUUGAAUGCACAUUAAAUAUGAUAAAUAAGGACUUUGAAGAAUAUCCUGAACACAGAACAAACUUUUUCUUACUACUUCAGGCUGUCAAUUCUCAUUGUUUCCCAGCAUUCUUGGCUAUUCCACCUGCACAGUUCAAACUUGUUUUGGAUUCCAUUAUUUGGGCUUUCAAACAUACUAUGAGGAACGUUGCAGAUACAGGCUUACAGAUACUUUUUACACUCUUACAAAAUGUUGCCCAAGAAGAAGCUGCAGCUCAGAGUUUCUAUCAAACGUAUUUUUGUGACAUUCUUCAGCACAUCUUCUCUGUUGUGACAGACACCUCACAUACUGCUGGUUUAACAAUGCAUGCAUCAAUUCUUGCAUAUAUGUUUAAUUUGGUAGAAGAAGGAAAAAUCAGUACACCAUUAAAUCCUGGAAAUCCAGUUAACAACCAAAUGUUUAUUCAGGAAUAUGUGGCUAAUCUUCUUAAGUCUGCGUUCCCUCAUCUACAAGAUGCUCAAGUUAAACUCUUUGUGACAGGGCUUUUCAGCCUAAAUCAAGAUAUUCCUGCUUUCAAGGAACAUCUUAGAGAUUUCUUAGUACAGAUAAAGGAGUUUGCAGGUGAAGAUACAUCUGAUUUGUUUUUGGAAGAACGAGAAACAGCCCUUCGACAGGCUCAGGAAGAGAAACAUAAACUUCAAAUGUCUGUCCCUGGCAUCCUUAAUCCACAUGAAAUUCCAGAAGAAAUGUGUGAUUAAAAUCAGAAGUCAUGCUGUUUUUUUCUCUGUACAAUUCUUGUGGCAGAAGAAAACAGCAUAUGGAUAUUUGUCGACCAAAAUGAUGCCAAUUUGUAAAUUAAAAUGUCACCUAGUGGCCCUUUUUCUUAUGUGUUUUUUGUAUAAGAAAUUUUCUGUGAAAUUAUCCUUCCAUUGUUUAAGCUUUUGUUUGGGUCAUCUUUAGUUUGCAUGAAGUUGAAAAUUAAGGCAUUUUUUAAAACUUUACUUCAUGCCCAUUUUGUGGCUGGGAUGGGGGGAAGAGACAAAUUGAAUUUGAACAUAUACUUGUAAAUUGUAUUGCAAAAUUAUACAAUUUUUUCAUGUAAACAGUACCAAUUUUUAAUUAGGGAACAUUUUCUUUCUAGCCUGUACAUCAGUCUAAAAGAAAAGGUAAUGAGUAAAACAAAUUGCGUUGUUAAAAGGAUUAUAGUGCUGCAUCGUCUGAGGUUAGCACCUCUUGGACUGAAUCGUUUGUCUAGAUUACAUGUAUUACAAGUCUGUAUGGCAGGUUUGCAGCAAGAUCAUGUGCAUAUCAUCCCAUUGUAAAGCAACUUCAAAAAAUAUGGGAACACAGUUAGUUAUUUUUACACAGUUCUUUUUGUUUUUGUGUGUGUGUGCUGUCGCUUGUCGACAACAGCUUUUUGUUUUCCUCAAUGAGGAGUGUUGCUCAUUUGUGAGCCUUCAUUAACUCGAAGUGAAAUGGUUAAAAAUAUUUAUCCUGUUAGAAUAGGCUGCAUCUUUUUAACAACUCAUUAAAAAAAACAAACAAAACAAAACAAAACUCUGGCUUUUGAGAUGACUUAUACUAAUUUACAUUGUUUACCAAGCUGUAGUGCUUUAAGAACACUACUUAAGCAAAAUAAACUUGGUUUACAUUUA